GUGUGGGAUACUGGGGGGCCUGGGAUGCAUUACUGGGGGAGACAGGAGAGGAUGGGUCCUGCUGGCAGAGCCAACCUCUGCAACCCACCCCAGCAGGACCCUGUUUCUCAUGGGUUUUUAUUGCUUUUGGGAGUAAACUGCAUUUACCACUACCGUGGGGGAACUACUUUGCCGGGGUGCAAAGGGUCUGCAUCCCUCUGGGCACCUGCCACAUGCCACAAAUGCCACAAGCGUGGCAUACUCUGCAUCACUGCUGGCACCCAGCACCCUGUGGAGCUGCUGCCCCUUCCCGGGGGUCCCGCAAGCCCCUGGGAGCAGGACACCAGUGAGUCAGUCACGAACCGCCUGGGUUAGGACAUCCCUGCUCGAUGCCGACAUCUGAGAUUUUUGGGUCUCUUCUCCUUUCUCUGCGCUGGACCUGCCGAUCUGAGCGCAUCAGCAAAUUUCCUCCUGAUUCAGCUGUGGGGGAUGUUGCAACAUGACAUUGUGCAAAGGCGGCAUUGCCCUGGGCUCCGAUUCCUCUUUUUUGGCUUCUGUGGGAGCUUGGCCAUGUGUGACAGGUUCGUGUCCCCACCUGCACGGGCCAUGGCAGUGGCCGCAACCUUCCCAGAGGCUCCUCACCGGGCAUCGCCCGCUGUCCUCUUGGUCACGGUUGGGUGGCAAUUCUGCUGCUGCCAGCUCUGAGAAAACUGGGAUUUUUCCCUUGUGCAUGGCUGAAACCAGAAAACACAUGGAUGUUGGUGACAGUGAGUGGUGGGGGCUCUGCCCUGGCCUUGCUGCUGGCUCCCCCUGAACGUGAUGCUCCCGGUGUGAGGUGCAGGAUUUUGCUCUAGGCACUGCAUGUAUGUGUAUUUCUAGUGUUAUAUCUCCCUCUGCAUGGGCUUCCCUAGCUCAGGGUGGAUGUUUGUGGCUGUGCAGGUUUGUGGCUGUCCAGGUUCAGCCCAUGCUGGGUUGCUCCAUGCACCUUGGAGAUGCCCCAUCCCAAAUCUCCAGGGUCCUUUAGCUGCACUUGCCCCUCACUGGGAUCAACAAGACUGUGGCUUUUUUGCACAGGGGAGGGAUGCCUGAGGGGUCCCGUGGCAUUCUUCAUGGAUUUCUUCCCAGAAAAGGCUGUCGGGCAUUGGAACAGGCUGCCCAGGGCAGUGGUGGAGUCACCAUCCCUGGAGGGGUUGAACAGACUCAGAGAUGAGGUUCAUGGGGGUGCUUUGGUAACUGUUGGGUUAAUGGUUGGACUUGAUGAUCUUAAGGGUCUUUUCCAAUCAAAAUGAUUCUCUGAUUCCUGAGCCACCCAUGGGUGGUGAUGGUUGGGACCCAGCACCAAGGGCACAGGCUGCCACGUCCUCUCUAUAUGUCCAGCUGAACAGUGCAAAAUAAAGCCCUUUUACCCAAAGUCCCAUGUCCCCACAUCCUGCUGCCGAGCAUCGCUUCCCCCUUCCCAGGCGCUGCCCAUCUCCACGUCGAGCCCAACAGCUGUUUUAUGCUGCCGGCUGUGGGGUUCUUUUAAGUUUUCAUCCUCCCAUCAGCAAUACAUGCGUGUCCUUCUUGGGAUGAGAGAGCUCAGCAAUAAAGUGUGCCGAAGCAACAUAACCCCAGGAUUAUUUGCAUGCAAGCCCUAACGAGGUUAUAGAAGAAGCAGAGAUGUGUAAUUCAGCUUGAAACCCACCCAGGAUUUAGCAAGCUCAGCCAUAAGCAGAACACAGGGAGCAACCGGGGGUGCUGAAGGCUGCCAGGGGUCCCGGUGGAGCAAGGAGGCACAGGCUGCUCUGUGGGGAUGUGUCCAAGCACCGUGGAUACAGCUCCAUCCAUAGACCUGCGUGGCAGGAGCUGCCUUUGUGCUGUGGGACGCUGAAACUCUGUCUCUCCCCACAUCCCGCCAGGAUCCGGCCGUGGUCCCUGGGGACGGAAGAGAAACAUCACCAGCCAGAGAGCUGGGACUGACCAGGCUGUGACUUGGUUACAGAUAAUGGCGCUUUCCAAUUUGUCCAAUUACUUGGAUGAUGUCGAUAACUACAGCGACUACCCAGAUUACACCUAUGAGGAGGCUGGCAGCGUGGGGACAGACCCAUCCCAUGACCCAAAGGACAUUGCGAGGAUCCUCUCUGUUGUUAUCUACAGCGUGUCCUGCUUGUUGGGCAUCCUUGGCAAUGGCCUUGUGAUCGCAAUCAUAACUCUGAAGAUGAAGAAAUCAGUCAACGCCAUCUGGUUCCUUAACCUGGCUGUUGCCGACUUCCUCUUCAACAUCUUCCUGCCCAUCAACAUCGCUUACACGGCCAUGCGGUACAACUGGAUCUUUGGGACCGUCAUGUGCAAGCUGAAUUCUUUUCUCCUCAUCCUCAACAUGUAUACCAGUGUGCUCCUGCUCACCACCAUCAGCUUCGAUCGCUAUGUGUCAGUGGUUUUUCCCGUUUGGUCUCAAAACCAUCGGUCGACCAAUUUAGCAUAUUUAGUUUGCUUGAUCAUCUGGACCAUUGGCAUCAUUAUGAGCUGCCCGUCUCUUGUCUUCCGAGACACAGCACAAACCCGAAACUCCAUCAUUUGUUUUAGCAACUUUUCCCUCUCCAGGAAUAAGUCUUACCAAGCCCUGGCACUAAUGAGGCACCGAACGGUGAACAUCACCAGGUUCCUCGCUGGGUACAUCCUUCCCAUAACCAUCAUCACUUUCUGCUACAUCGCCAUUGCCUUCAACUUGCGUCGAAACCGCCUUGCCAAGUCCAAAAAGCCCUUCAAGAUCAUCAUCACCAUCAUAGUCACCUUCUUCCUUUGCUGGAGUCCCUACCACCUGCUGAACCUCCUGGAAACAGAGCCUGACAUGAUCCCACGCUCCGUGUUUGAGAUUAGCAUCCCCAUAACCACGGCACUCGCUGCCUCUAACAGCUGCAUGAACCCCGUCCUCUAUGUCUUCAUGGGCCAGGACUUUAAGAAGUUCAAGGUCACCAUCCUUUCCAGGCUGGUGAAUGCCCUCAGUGAGGAGACGGCUCACUCCAGCAUCGUUCACAGGAGCUUCUCCAAGAUGUCUUCAAUGACUGAGAAGGAGACAACGGUUCUCUGAACUCAACCUGGAUGCCUGCAGGAGGGCCACAGUCCUCCAGUGUUGCCAUGCCCACCACUAUGAUGGUGGCCACCAUUGCAGUGGCCUCAGUGUGGGAUGAGCAUGAUCCAACGCUGUCCUAUAGCGUAUUCUUUGACUGGUCUUGCUGCCUGGGGAUUGGCAGGUGUUGGAGACCACUGCUCUGUGCACGCAGGGGAGAUGCAACCUCACUUAAUCCGUUUUUGUGGUUGCUAAGAUGAUUGCACUGAACUAUUUAAGAAAACAUUUCAGGGCAUUCCUGUCUAAUCUAUGCAUUUUCUGGCCUGGCAAGGGUGUUACUGCCCUUUCCAGAGACAUCCUUACGGGAGACUUGGUGGAAGAUGUGUCUGGGAAGGAUCCUGAGAUGGGUGGCUGUGGAUAAUACCUGCUACGGCGAAACUGGUGACACUCUUUCUAUGUCCUAUGUAUGUGUAUAGCUACUCAUGUUAAAGUCCUGAAGUAUAUUGGUACUGGCACAA